AUCAUGGCGGCAAAAGGAAACAUGGUUCUUGUAGGAACACGAAUUUUGUGUUUAUUAUUUUUAUCAAUGUUUUUGACUUCUGUUGAUGCAUCAACAACAGUUGAAACCACAACGGUCAAUAACACAACAGUAUCCACAAGUGAAGCAACAACUGCAGAAACAACAACAACAGAAGCUACAACUACACAAGUCCAAACAACGACCACCACUGUGCCACCGACCACAGCACCGCCAAUACAGACCUUUAGUCCAUCUGCUGUAGCUGCAAAUAUUGAUGUAGGGCGAUGUUGGUGUGACGUGACAGGAAAUGCCUGUGAUAUUAACUGUUGUUGUGACACAGAGUGUGACCAAACAGAUAGAGCUUCCUUUGACCGGUGUAAAGAAUCACCUGUUAGUGUGGACGCCAGGUUUUGUGUUCAGGAGGAGGUAAUCCUGAUGGAUAAUUCCGUCUACACAUCAGAGAAAACUCAAGAUGGCCUCUUCUGUAUUUACAAAGACAACAACCAAGAGAGAAAUUACUACACCAUACCUGAUAUGAUAGACUCUUUGAGUACAUUCAAUUCAUACAAAGAUCGAUAUGCAGUGUUCACUUAUUCCCCAACAGUGUCGGCUGAAACAACAUAUUCACAAUUUUACAAGACAGGAGACCCUAUCUUUGUUGUGUACGAGAACUUGGCUACCGGUUAUCUAAAUAUUCCCCAGGGGGAUCCUUACUGCUCCAGCAAUAACCCUGUGUCUUAUUUAGUUGACCAGAGUUUUAAGUGUACUCGACAAAUAAGAACAUUAAGUGCCACUACGUGUCAAACCACAUCCUACCUGAGUGCCUCUAGUUACCUUACAAACAUCAGAAUUGUCAAGACACCCUACCUUUUUACUUGGAUAAUAAAUGGUACUGAGGUAACAACCCCAGCCCCAACAACAACUGCAGCACCCACAACACCCGCCCCCACAACAGUUCCCGUGACAACAUCGAAUGACACCAAUACAACAGUAGAAACCACAACGACACCACAGACCACCACAACUACCACCCAGGCCACCACAACUGUGCUACAGACAACAGUUCAGCGGUCCCUGUAUAAUAAUAGCUACACAAUGGAGUUUGAGCUAGAAAGGGUUGAAUGCCUGGACAGGACUGGACUUGUAGUGGACUGUCCAUUUGUUUCCACAUCACCACCCAAUGCAACUUUCAACACGUCACAUUGUAAUAAUGUUGUUCUUGGGGUUGAAUAUCAUAUCACCCAUGAUGGAUCAAAUGGAAUUUCCCGAGCCGGAGUUCGCCUGACUAUCGGGUCUAUCCAGGAAUCUGAUUUACCACUUACUCAGACUUACGGCUCAUCUUUUACUUCAGUAAAUGAAAUAAAUAAGACAAUCAUAGAAAGAAGUGGCAACCCAGGGUACAUUGUAGGAAAACCUGUAAGAGCUGGUGUCUUAGUUCUAAAUGCCACUGGGGAUAGUGGUAAUAGAUAUGCCAUAGUGGAGGAUAUGUAUAACAUGACAAUUAUCAAAGGCUCAGCCACAGGCACCUGUCUCACAGACGCGGGGACCAGACAGCAGAUAAACUUUGGGAUCAACAUGGCAUCAGGCUGCUUGAUCAGGUUUAAUUUAUACAAUGUGUCUGCAGACCAGUAUUGUCAGGCUAUGCAAGAUGUAGUGAUUGAUGCAAUGGAGGGUGUGGUGGACACGGUGACCCGGGAUGACCCAACCAGACUGAGGCGGGUAGCUACUUACGGAAAUUCUGACCCAUUAAAACCAGGAGAUUGGGUCCAGAUUCUCAGAGAGCCACCAGCACCUGCAGCAGGUCAAGAUACACAGGAUGGCCCUGUGUGUACCAUGUCACUGGGGAUGCAUACAGAGAUACUGUAUGCCAAAACAGGAGCUUUAGCAAACCCUCAACCUAAAAUCAUAGGAGUCUCCUACAGAUAUGAGCCUAGACAGGAUGUUACCUAUACCUGUGAAGGGUCACGUUGCACACCUGGAAAUACAGAGGUGGAUCAGUCAUUUGAGGUGCGGCACUCAGUGACCUUCAUUGAUGCAUCUCAACCUGCCACUGGUUAUGUGGGGGAGCCACCUGUCUUCCUGGCAAAAGUGCCCAGUGAUUUCUUCUACCCCUUUGACAGCAGCAAUGCAUCACAAAUUAGACUGUUUAAUUAUUAUCACAUUAUAUGGUUUUUCUUACUAUGCAAAUGUUCAAUUUUAUAGGGAAUGUAAUUCAUAGGUUUUUAGUAAUUUCAAAUUUAAAGGGAAUCAUGCUUGUUGAAGAAUCUACUUAAAUCUAGUUUACAUGGUCUAGUUGAUUUCUAUUUUUCUUUUGUUCAGUUAAUUUAAGCAAACUGUUUCCAAAUAAUGUCUAAGAUAAACUUGUAUAUUUCCAUGUACAUGCAUCAAUGAUCCUCUGUAAUCACGAUCCCCAGAAUUUAAUUUCCAUUAAGAUGCAUAUUACUACUUUUUAAAAGUCACUUUCUUUAUACAAGCAAAGUUAUUCAUAUUUCAUUUGAUCUUUCACAUUAGUUAAAUUUUACAAUAUCAAAUCUUAUUUAAUGUUAACUCAGGUUUUCCUUGUAUGAUUUGCUAAAUAGACAGUUUUCCUGCAACAGAAAUACAUGCAAAAUAGUUUAAGAUAAAAAAAAAAACUUGAAUUGCAGAGAAGCACAUACACUUCAUAGAUGACCCUGUACAAGAGCUAAAAUAGUCUGAAAAUGUAGUGUUUAAUUUGUGCAGGUGGUUGCAAAAAUGAUAAUACCUUAAAUAUUAGUGCUGUAUUUUAAUGAUGUAAAUGUUACUGGGUAUAUGAUUUAGAAAAUGUGAAGAAUGAGAGUUGACAUUUCUUUGACGAGGUCUGUAUGGUUGUGAAUAAUUUUGUACUGUGAUAUAAAUGUAUUUAACAAACAAGAGAGAUACUGAUUAAUGAAAUAUGUUAUCCGUCCUGGUUAGUGUACAGAUUCAGCAUACUGAAUCUAUACACUUUUAUUUUUAUUAGUAUACAUGGUUAACUUUAUGAGUUGUGAUUGGCAGAUGUGAGAUUUUAUUAAUCUUGUAAACUUAGGACAUA